AUGGGUAACAGUGAUAAUAACAAGAUGAAGCAUUUAUGUUUAUUUAUAGCACAGAAAGUAAAGCUGCUGGAGAAACUGGACAGUGGUGUAAGUGUGAAACGUCUUACAGAAGAGUAUGGUGUUGGAAAGAGCACCAUAGAUGACCUGAACAAACAGAAGGGUCCAACCAUUUCCAUCAAUGUCUCCACUGUCACAGAGUUUGUCUUCUUGGGUCUUCCCCAGUUCCGUCCCAUCCAGUGCCUUCUCUUUGUUCUAGUCUUGGCUGCCUAUGCAGUCGUCCUGUUGGGCAACCUACUCAUUGUGGUCACUGUAUAUGGAGAACCCCGUUUAUUCCAGUCCCCCAUGUAUUUUUUCUUGACCAACUUGUCCUUCGACAUCUCCUUGGGCUCAGUGGCUACCCCCAAGCUGUUAACAGACCUGGCAAGCAGCAGCAGGAGCAUAACCUUUGUUUGCAGAAUGGUCCAGGUCUUCCUCAUCCACUUCAUUGGGGGCUCAGAGAUGCUUCUUGUCACCCUCAUGGCCUAUGAUCGCUACAUGGCCAUCUGCCAUCCACUGACAUACAUGGCCAUAAUGAACCGUCCAUUUUGCAUCAAACUCCUGCUGUCCUGUUGGGCUGGAGGCCUCAUCCAUGCAACUAUCCAGAUGGCUUUGCUUCUUCAGCUACCCUUCUGUGGUCCAAAUGAACUGGACAAUUUCCACUGUGAUCUCCCACAGCUGGUCAAGUUGUCUUGUGCUGAUACCUACAUGACUGAGACUAUUGUGGUAGCCAAUAGUGGCCUUCUUUCCCUGAUCUGCUUCCUCGCCUUGAUGGCCUCCUAUGGUGUUAUUGUGGCCACACUACGUGGCCACUUCAGAGAAAGUGGUGGGAAGGCUCUGUCCACCUGUAGUGCCCACUUGAUUGUAGUCUGCAUCAGCUUUGUGCCCUGUAUGUUUGUGUAUCUUGUGCCUUUCUCUCGUUCUAAGACGGACAAGUUGGCUUCUGUGUUCUACACACUAAUUGUGCCCUCUCUCAAUCCAAUCAUAUAUACUUUGAGGAACCGGGAUAUGAGUGAGGCAAUGGGCAGGCUGAAGAACAAGUGCCCAUGUUCACAUUCUUCUGUGAAGGGAGAACAAAUAUGA